GUAGAUUUGGCUGGUUGGGGGAUGCUUAGUCGUGUACUGCUUUGUACCAUUUCGGUACUUCAUUAAUAAAACUUUACCUUAUCCCAAAAAAAAAAAAAAAAAAAGGUUCGGUUUAAUGUUAAAACAUGGCAUUGACCUGGUAUUGCUGAUAAAUUUAUCUAACUACUGUUGUCUGAUGAAGGAUCCUGGUGCCGAUCGGUAUUAUCAAUAGUGUUUCAUUGACGGUUCAAAGUAGAUGAACCUCUGCAGCAUUAUGAUUAAUAACUGUCACUUCUCAUUCACUUGAAUAAAGUGAUCAUUGUCAACUUACUUAUUCUUCCUUAGAAGAAUGUUGGCCUGAACUAAGACAUCAGAAGAAGCUUAAGUCCACCCGAGUCGCAGAUAAAAAGUAGAAGAAAGACUUGGUUUAUAAAGAAAAUAAAAUGACAUGGAUAUUAUUUACAGAACCGUGUACUAUAUGACUUGACAUACACGUGUAGCGAACGUGCCGAGGAACUAGUAUCACAAGAAGCCAAAGCUACAAACUUGUAAAAUGCAUGGAAAUGACCAAACAUAGUUUUCAACACCAAUGGCAUUAGACUUUGAUUGUUCAUCUUCAUAGGUUUAGACGAUAUCCAGUGAUCUUGACCUCGAUAAACAAGUCAAGACAUGACAAUCUACAUUGAUCAUUCAUAGAAACUUAUACUUUAUUCUUUCAUGUAUAGUCAUUUUUUAUUCAAUGAACAUGACUCCACACAACACGUGGAAUGAACGUGACUCGGCACAACAAGUGCAAUGAACGUGCCGAGAAGAAGCAAAGCUAUACACAUGUAAAAGGCAUGGAAAUAACCAAACAUAGUUUUCAACACCAAUGGCAUAUAGAAUGAUAUAUACUCAAGCAGGUAUGCCAAAUUUUCAAACCUAGAAGAGAUGUGAUAGAGGACUUUGUCAAAGUCACACCAUCUUGUUUUUAAAAAUUUGAAAAUUAUUGGCAUUAACAGAGAAAUGAACACCUUACAAACAGUCUUUGUCCCUCUUUCUUUUUUCAUUAAACAAAGUUUCAGAAGAACUUAGUUAGAUUAUUAUAAAUUAAGUCAUUGACUGUAGAAUGCAAUCCUUUUCAAUUCAGUAGUAGAAGCCUACACCAAUUAAUGUUUUUCUUUUCAUGAAGACAUUCUGCGAAAGAAGCUUAUGAAUAAUUUAGUUCAAGUGAUAUAGCAUUUAACUGCUAUAAAAAUCUUAACACUUGACAACCUAGGAUAUUGUUCAUCAUCUUGAAGUCAUGUGGUUAAAGAAAGAUUUCCUUAUAUUUGCUAUUCUAUUUUACCAUUUUUCGAUCGUCUAUGGCUGCCACGAAAGAGAAAGAGCCGGUCUAAUAAGCUUCAAAUCCUUGGUAACUGAUCCGUCUAAUCUGCUAUCUUCAUGGCAGGGGGAAAAAUGUUGCAACUGGAAAGGAAUCAAAUGCUCGAGUUCAGGUCAUGUUGUAGUUGUGGAUCUCCGGAAUCCUAAUCCGGAUGAAGUCCUAAUCAAUGUUAAUAAGGAACUUGUUCCAGUUACUAACAACACAUCCAAUUUUGCUCUUAAAGGUACUAUAUCUCCAUUGCUCUUUACUCUUAAUCACAUGCGACAUCUCGACCUGAGUUUCAACAACUUCAUGCUCUCAAAACUACCUACUGAGAUAUCGAACUUAACAAACUUGACUUAUCUCAAUCUGUCGAAUGCCAUGUUUCAAGAUUCCAUCACCACACAAUUCUCAAACCUUACAUCUCUAAGGUCUCUUGAUCUUUCAUGUGCUAAUUUAGUAGUCGAUUUGUCUUCUAUUUCUAUUAGCUUGACAUUACCACCAAAGUUGGAUUUUGGCUCAAUGUCAUCUUUUAUCAGAUAUGGUCAGUUAUCCAGUCCAAAUCUGAGGUGGUUAGAAGGAUUGCCAGGUCUCAGAUAUCUAGUAUUGACAGGUGUUGAUCUAUCAAAGGCAUCCGAAUCAUUUGUUUGGGCUAAACCAAUAUCAAGUCUUUCAAAUCUCGUGUCACUUCAAUUGUCCUACUGCAACAUUUCAGGAAGAAUUCCGAUAGGGCAAUUACUUAACCUUACUAAUCUUUCUACUCUAGAAAUGGGUUCUAACGUUCUAACAUCUCCGAUACCUGAUUUGCUAUGGAACCUCACAAGUCUCUCAGCUCUUGAUUUUAGUGGCAACAAUUUAGAUGGUCAUAUCCCUUACCUUCCUCAACUUGAAAAACUUUCUGUUUCUAGCAAUCCUGCUAUGAGCAUAGAUCUUGUUUCAAUGUUUUCAGCUCCAUGGUCAAAGUUGACAUUUCUUGACAUAGGCUUCUCUCGGAUAGGUGGAACGAUUCCUCCUCCUUUAAGCAACUCAACUUCAUUAACCUUUUUCCGAGCUGAUGGAUGCUCGAUCCAAGGGUCGAUACCUUCUUCAGUUACAAAACUUAAGAAAUUAAGUAUACUGAUGCUCAAUGAUAACAAUAUCACAGGCCAACUUCCUGUAUCCAUGUCCAGUUUAAUAAGCCUUCAAUACUUAUCUCUGUUCCAGAAUAGUUUAAAAGGGUAUAUUCCAAUUUCAAUCUGUCAAAUGCACUCCCUGAAGUACUUGAAUUUAGAAUGGAAUGAGCUAACAGGACGUCUUCCCUCGUGCAUACUUCAGCUUCCUAAGCUUUCAUAUCUUUAUGUUCAGAAGAAUAACCUGAAUGGGAAUAUGCCACUGUCUGUGUUCCAGAAGUCAAGAUUGAAUCAAAUUAGUUUAGGAGCUAGCGGAUUGUCUUUGGAAAUUGAUGAUCAAGAUCAACCCUCUGCGCAAACUUUCCAGCCCACGAUUUUGGAAUUUACAUCUUGCAACAUGAGAGGAGAAAUCCCACAGUUCUUUUCAAAUUUGACGAGCCUCAUUAUUUUAAAUUUGGCUAACAACAGUCUAUCAGGAGCAAUACCAUACUGGUUGUUCAAUCUCCCUGCCCUCUCUGUACUGGACUUAUGUAUGAAUAACUUCAAGGGAGUUAUACCUCCAGUGAUUCAGCUGAAAUCUUCUCCUUAUCCAACAAUAAUAAAUUUAGCCAGAAACAACCUUCAAGGUCCUAUCCCUUCUCAGCUCAAGAAUGUUAAUGUCAUCGAUUUGUCACUUAACAAUUUUGUAGGCUCAAUUCCAACACAGAUAGGGGAAGUUCAUGGUAUCAGGUCCAUAUCAUUAUCCGGAAACAAAAUUCAUGGACCAAUACCUGAAUCAUUUUGCCAAGCAACUAAUGUUCUCCAGGUUCUUGAUCUCUCUAAUAAUAGCUUGUCAGGCACCAUUCGACGCAGUUUGGGGAACUGCAAGUCACUGAGUUACCUUAAUCUUGGACAAAACAAGCUUGCUGGAAGUGUUCCGAAAGAACUUGAACGUGUUACAGGCCUUCGUUAUCUGGACCUAAAUGGUAAUGACUUUGAAGGAUCAUUUCCAACAGUGAUUGAUAACUUUCAAGAGCUUGAGAUCCUGAACUUGGCUGGCAAUGGAUUUGAAGGAAGGAUACCAAAGUUCAUCGGUGACCUACACCACCUCCGUAUCCUUGACCUUGCAUCAAACUCUUUCGACGAAUCUAUCCCAGAAGGGCUAAUGAAGUUGGAAAAUCUACAAUAUAUUGGUUUGUCCAGGAACAAUCUAUCCGGUCCUAUUCCUGAUAAUCUUGAUGGCUUAAAAAUGAUGACGAGAAGACAAAAUGAGGCAACCAUCUUAUUAGGUUACUUUUACUCCUUGAAGUUCACUGGUGCUCAGCUAGAAAUAGUCACCAAAGGACAGACACAAAUUCUUGAGUCAGUGUAUUCCUAUAACAGUGGAUUUGACACCUCAAGCAAUGCUCUUACUGGUAAAAUCCCAGAGACAAUUGGCCUUUUAAGUGGAAUUCCAUUGCUGAAUCUCUCGCAUAAUAAUCUUUCCGGACUGAUCCCAAAGACUAUUGGCGAGAUGAUUUCGCUCGAGUCGUUGGAUCUCAGCUACAACCAUUUCGCAGGGGAAAUUCCUGUGACAUUAACACUGUUAGAUUUUCUCCAGUAUCUCAACUUGUCUUAUAACAAUUUAAGUGGAAAGAUUCCAAGCAAUCCACAUUUUGACACUUUGUAUCAAGAAGGAAUGACAUAUAUUGGAAACAAAUACUUAUGUGGUGCUCCUGGUGGGAUGAACUGCAGCAACAAUGGACCCUCUAUAACUAAAAAAAGUAGAGAACAGAUAUGAUCCGGAAACUGUCCUUUUUGUUGUAGUUGUAUUCUUUGGCUAUGUAACAGGAAUUUCUGGAGUAUUUCUGCUUUUAUAUUUGGUAGAUGACAAUCGGAGGAACAGGUGCUGGAGGGCAGUAGACAGAAUUGUGUUAAAAAUAGUG